AUGGAGUUCAGUGGAUGUCAAACAAAUGAGGUAUUGGACCCGGUUGAAAUAGAGUUUUCGGAUCGAUCACGAACACCAAGCCCUACACCCGUUUUAACGAGUAAUGUUUGUUGUGAUUUGGAGGACAUAUUGAGCGACGCAAUUUCUGAAUCUUUGCAAGGGUCAAUACGAGUCAGUCGCAGUCAGUUAAUAAAUCAAGAGUUGACUAUAAGACCUGAAGCAAACAUAGAAUCAAACGUUCCUGACGGAUUGGACCUGUAUAAGAUUAUCUUUGAAGUUGAAAGUGAUUGUGAAACAAAGAUGAGUGACGCAAAUGCAGCUGCAUCAAAUAAUACUAAAGAUGAGGAUUCUUGUCGGCAUGUCGGCGGUUCGAAAUUCUACGAAGUGAUGGAAGGAACAAGUACAGCAGACACCUCGACUCCAUCACCCACAGAGAAACAGGACCACAUGAAACCCACGGAGAGUGAUGAUGAAGUCGUUUCAUCCCCAGUGUCGGACGUCGAUCAGGAGUGCACUGUCUUCUGUGGCGUAAGCUACCUUGGCGCGCAGAACAUAGCUGAUCCCAAGUCAGAGACGGACAUCCAGAGGAUCAUGAAGGAGCUCAGCUCGAUGCCGGAGAACAGAGACGGGAUAGCUGUCUCCAUAUCUAUACCUGUCUGUUCACAGGGGCUUGUUGUCCUCUACCAAGCUGACACGAACAGUGUGAUGGCUCGUUAUGCAGUGAACAGAAUAUCUUUCUACGCCCGCGGUGCAGUUGGGUCGCCGGUCGCGUCUUGCUUUGCCUUCACCUGGUCACACGGCGAGACCAAGGAGUCUGCGGUCUACAGGUGCCAUGUCUUCCGAUGUCACAUCUCGGAGGCAGUCAGCCAAGUGUCAAGCUGUUUCGCCAAAGCGUUUGAAAGAAUACCUCGCUCCAUGGCGUCUUCGCUCGUGGGCGAUUUGAGUGCAGCGCCAUCUAUGACUGGGUCGUUGACGGAGGGACUAGGACCGGCUGCACCGCCAAUGCAGCUGAUGCAUGUACUGGAAUGUUCUGUGGAUAUCAAGGAAAUCGACGCUAAGGGUACGUUCAGUCAAGUGCCAAAAGAGCGGCUCGGCUACAAAAUUCGCGGCGGUAUUGACAAACAAGUGACAAUCAACGUUAAACAAGUAACCAACAACGUGCAAACCGACGCUGAUGAUAUGACGGUUUCAUAUACUGGAGGGCUCUACAUAGAAAGGUGUUUUGGGAUCCUGUUGGCCCCGGGCAGAAGUGUUAAGCAUUCAGAUAUGCAAUUACUUGAAAUGGUGAGUGGAUCAUCUGGUGGUUCUGGAUGUUCGGUGUGCGCUCUGUGGAACGCCGGGGAAACCGCCCUCGCGGCGUUCAACGUGGCCAGUGGUGACGGGGCUCCAGCCUACAUGUCACUCGCGUUGGAUCUCGUGAUACGUGGAAUAAGAGACCCUUUACGGUUAAUCAUAGAAACUCCUGUGAAGAUCCACCCACCAACGGAGAGGUUUUGGUACUACUCUAAAAGACCGUUGAUUCAACAGUUUUACAUCAAUUUAAAGGAGUCUGUGGAUUCACUUGGGCAGUUGCAAUAUGAAGUAUCCAGCGUAGACACAUCGGGGGAGCUGGACAGGUCCAGGUUGAACUUGCCUCUAUCUCUGUCCAGUCUUCUGCCUUCGCCGUUGUCCUCUGCGCCCGCGCCGCCGUCGCCUUCAGAGCCAGAUUCGGAUGGAGAUGAACCAUUACUAAGUGGUACUGGUGAAGUGUCAAAAGAUUGUGGGGUCGAUGUUUUGGAAAAUUGGGCUCAAGUGUUGAGGAGUUGGGUUGGCCCUCGACCGCGUGCGUUGAACCAUUUAGUGCGUGUCGGAGUUCCGGAAGCACUACGCGGCGAGGUGUGGCUCCGGUUAGCCGACGUGGACCAGAAUGAUAAGCUUAUGGAGACCUACAGAACGCUCAUCAGCAAGGAUUGUCCUUUCGAAGCGGUCAUACAGCGUGACAUAGCUCGUACGUUCCCUGCGCACGAUUUCUUUCGCGAAGCUGGUGGUUUGGGCCAAGACUCGCUGCUACGGAUGGCGCGCGCAUACGCAGUGUACGAUCAUGAAGUUGGUUACUGCCAAGGACUGAGUUUUCUAGCUGCUACACUGCUGUUGCAUAUGCCAGAAGAACAAGCCUUUUGUCUCCUGGUUCGCUUGAUGUACGGCUACGGACUGCGUGAACUCUACAAGGACGGCUUUGAAGCGUUGUACAUGAGACUACAUCAGUUGGACAGGCUCAUGGAGGAGCAACUGACUGAUCUUCGAGCGCAUUUUCAAGAGUUAGGCGUCGAGCCGCACAUGUUCGCCUCGCAGUGGUUCCUCACUGUCUUCACAGCUAGAUUUCCUUUACCACUAGUUUACCACAUUCUGGACGUGUUUCUGCUCCAAGGUGUGGACACGCUUUUCCAAGUGUCUCUCGCACUGCUUACCAGGUCGCGGAAGGAUCUGCUGCAGCACGACUUCGAGGGUGUGCUUAAGUAUUUCAGGGUAACUUUACCAAAGAAGUGCCGCGCUGAGGAAUCGUCGCGUCAAAUUGUCAAAAUGGCGUGCAGCAUCAAAGUUAAACGCUUACACAAAUACCAGCUUGAAUACGAAAAGUUCAUCAAGGAAUCGGCUGAGAAAGAGAAGAUUAAUGUGGAAUUGGAGAGACUGAAAGUGAUAAACACACAACUACAACAAGAGAAAGAGACGCUAGAGAAACAAUUGGCACAGACCCGCAGUAGCUUAGAUGAAGCACAGAAAGAGUCUGUUCACUACGCGGCCGUUGCGAGGGACUACAGGGAGAUAUGUGCAAGGCUGGACAAGCAGCUCAAUCACUUACAGGACUGUACAAAGAGUUGCGUCGGUUGCACUCUAAAGUUGGCGCAGAAAGACAACAAGGAAGAGAGUGAGGAAAAAAACUCUGCAAAAGAGGAAAGCUCUAGCGACACAGAGGCGAGACUGAAGCAGCGCGUGAGAGAUCUCGAGCUAGAACUGGCGCAAGUCAAGCUUGCGCAUGUGCAAGCGCAGUGCAGCAAUCAGGAAUUAAGUCACCAAUUGAACGUGGCAUUGAACGAAAUGCAAUCGGCGAUGAAUCAAAAGCAAACAGUCGCGCCGUGGCUAGUACGUACUCUUGGUUCGAUAAUGGAGGCUGCCCAAAAUCGACCGUCGUUCCAGACAUAUCUACCGAAUUUAAACCAGGAGCCAUCAUCUCUUCACAGACAAUCCUCGUUCUCUAAUAGUCAGAGCCACGGAAGCUUGGACCGCCGCGUCUCAGAACCGUACAGCCCAGACGUAGUCAGACGAAAGAAGGACCUAAACGCCAAAAGGCACUCAAUGCUCGUUGAAUCAAAUAUUUCCAAAGAGGCGAAGGAAAUCAAUAGACGCAGCCACGACGUGUCAAGUGUCAAGAACCUGUCAUUAGGUUGA